AUGACGUCAUCGUCCAGCUCAGACAGCUCCGACGAGGAGGAAAAGAAGAAGGAGGACGGAUCCGGCUCAGACUCAGAUUCGGACGACACUUCCGAGUCCAGUUCCGACAAGAAGAAGAAAAAGAAAGCAAAGAAAGAAAAGAAGAAGAAGAAGAAAGAUAAAAAGUACAAAAAGGCAAAAAAGAAGAAGGGUGACAAGAAGGCCAAGAAAAAGAAGGACAAAAAGAAGAAAAAAAAGAAGGGAGAUGACACUACAGAAGCCAUGCGUGGAUCAGUGUCGAACCAGUUCGGCAAGUAUGGCAUCAUAAAAGCAGAGGACUUCUUCAACAAGAAAGCCGAGUUUAUGCUGUGGGCGCAAGAGGUCCGGAAGGUCAAUACAGACAUCCUUGGACAGAUGCAGUUGAAGGAUUUGUUCAAGGAAUACGUGGAGGACUACAACACCGCCACGAUGCCUUCAAAAAAGUACUACAACAUACGAGUGUUUGAGCAGCAGGUGGCCAACAAGCGGAGAAAGAAGAAAGCCGAGAGUGUCAUUGAUACAGCUCUUCAAAGCUCUUUGGCCUCAUUUGACGAUGAGAAGGCGAGACGAGAUGAAGUGUUGGCGCUGCGUGCGAAGAAGCAGGAGAGCCAGAUCUCCAGCGAGGUGCAGAGGCUCCGCAUGAACAAGGACAAAGCAGAAGAGAUGAAGCACCAGGCGGUGCUGAAGACCCAAGCGGCCAUGCUGAACAAGGCUGGUCAAGUGGAGGCAGCUGGCAAGAUUAACCAGCGCCUGGAUCCCAACAAAGUGGAUUGGGCAGAGCGCCGUGCCAAGAGGAUGGAUGGGCCUGUGGGCUUCCAACCAGAGUCUUGA